AAUAACCAUGUCGCUUUAUUUUGUUGGUUAUGUUGUUAUUACAUUUAUAUCGACAAAGUUAAAUAUAUUUUAGAAACAUUAUUUUUUGGAUUAUUUUGUUGGUAUCAAGCUUAUGAAAGCUACGUUAAAAUGAAGUUCAAUUACAAGUUUCAAAAUCUCCUCGGCACAGUAUACCGUCGUGGUGAUAUUUUGUUUACAAACGAUGGUAAUUGUGUAAUAAGUCCAGUCGGUAAUAAAAUUACUAUUUACAAUCUUAAGCAAAAUAAAAGCAAUACAUUACCAGUCGAAAGCAAUUUCAAUUAUACAGCCAUUGAUGUCUCUCCAAAUGGAUCAAUACUUCUUGCUAUCAAUGAAAAGGGUGAAGCUCAAAUGAUCAGUCUCUUGACAUGCACUGUUAUACACAGAUACAAAUUCAAGCAGCAAGUAAAUGCCGUUAAAUUUAGUCCCGAUGGUAAACUUUUUGCUGCCUGCUGUGAUGAUACAGUAUUCAUAAUGACAGCACCUAGCAGUUUUACAGGCGAAUUUCGUUCAUUCAUAAUGAAAAGAGUAUUUAAAAAGUCACAUGACCAAGUUACUUGCCUUGAUUGGUCAAGUUGUGGCAAGUUACUAGCAGUUGGAUCUAAAGAUACCACAACUAAAAUAUUCACAUCAGAAUAUUUGGAUAACUUAAACAUGUACUCGUUAAGUGGGCAUACAGAUAAAAUAGUGGGAGUAUUUUUUGAAAAAGCGAGUUUAGACCUUAUUACUGUUAGCCGUAAUGGUCAAGUUUGUUUGUGGGAGGCAACGAUAGACUCAGAUGAUUUAGUGACAUCUGCAGUACAAAUAUCACAUAAAAAGAGACGGAAGUUGCAAAAGGACGCUGAACUACAAGAGGAUGAAGUUGAUGAAGAGAAUAUAAUUGAAAAAGAUAAGGAAUAUAUUGAGAAUGACAAAGAUGAAAAUAUGGAAUCAGAGAAAAAAGUUGAUGAUGAUAAAAGACUGCAGUACAAGAAGUUAGGUCGUCACUACAUAGGUGAUGCAAUAAGAAACGCCCACCAUAAAGUGAGGUUAUCGGCUGCAGCUUACCAUAAAAAUACUAAGAUAUUAGUUACUGGUUUCACAUCUGGAAUAUUUUUUCUCCAUGAAAUGCCCGAUGUGAAUUUGAUUCACACACUUAGUAUAUCCGAGCACAGGAUCAGCAGCAUAGCAAUGUCGCCUCAGGGUGACUGGAUCGCUUUCGGGUGUCCAAAUAUAGGACAGUUGCUCGUUUGGGAGUGGCAGAGCGAGCAGUAUGUAAUGAAACAACAAGGACACUCAUUAGACAUGACUUGUCUCGCGUAUUCGCCUGACGGUCUCUACAUAGUCACUGGAGGUUACGACGGAAAGGUCAAAGUGUGGAACACGACCUCUGGUUUUUGUUUCGUGACCUUCAAUGAACACAGCUCGACCGUGACGAAUAUUGUCUUCAGUGCUAAUAAAAAGUUCUUUGUUUCAUCGUCGUUAGAUGGAACUGUGAGGUGUUAUGAUCUCACGAGGUAUCGUAACUUCCGGACCUUAACGUCUCCGAGUCUAGUUCAGUUCAGUUGCGUGGCGCUGGACUCCAGCAGCGAGCUGUGUGCCGCGGGGGGACACGACGUCUUCGAAAUAUUCAUCUGGUCCAUCAAGUUUGGCAAGCUCUUAGAGGUGCUGGGGGGGCACGAGGCGCCGGUGGCGUGCGUGGCGUUCAGCCCCGCGCUGGCCAGCUCGCGCCUCGCCUCGGCCUCGUGGGACCGCUCCGUGCGCCUGUGGAACUGCGUCGAGACCAGCUCCGACUGCGACACCAUUCAGCUCACCGCGGACGCCCUGCAGGUCGCCUUCCGACCCGACGGGGAGGAGAUAGCAGUGUCGACCCUGGAUGGUAACAUCACCUUCUUCAACGCCACCACCUGUGACCAGGCCGGAAGUAUAGAGGGCAGAAAUGAUCUAGGUUCCGGGAGAGCUGAUACAGAUCUAAUUACACCUGAAAAGAUGCUGAAAACGAAGGCUUUCACGACUCUCUGCUACUCAGCGGACGGUACGUGCGUCCUCGCCGGCGGGAACUCCAAGAACGUGUGUCUGUACAGCAUCAGGGAGUCCGUACUCAUCAGGAAGUUUGUAAUUACACAGAACAGAUCGCUCGACGCUGUUAAUGACUUUAUAAAUCGUCGUUUCCUCACCGAAUUCGGUAAUAUGGCGCUCGUCGAAGAGAGGACGGACUUCGAAGGGGGGGACGUCAACAUACGUCUGCCGGGGGUGAAGUCGGGCGACAUGGCCGAUAGGAGAGUUAAACCUGAGGUGCGUGUCCACUGCGUUCGGUUCUCCCCGACCGGUGAAAAUUUCGCAGUAGCGGCGACGGAGGGACUCCUGCUUUACAGUCAGAACGCGGGUCUGGAUGGAUCUUUCAGACCCUACCGCCUGGAGACGGACUCGACGCCGGCGGCGGUGAGGCGGCGGCUGGCCGAGCGCUCGUGGGGCGAAGCCCUGCUGGCGGCGCUGCAGCUCAACCAGCACGACCUCAUACAGCAGUGCGUCGAGGCCGUACCGCCCUCGGACAUUCAACUGACAGUUGUGGGUCUAGAAGAUGACUACUCGUAUCGUCUCCUUAACUCACUCGCACGUCUUCUAGAAGACAGCAGACAUUUGGAGCAUCUUCUAAUUUGGUUGAAAUAUCUCGUCACGGACAAGAAGAAAGUACCGCCCAGUGUGCUUCUAGCCUUAGAAAAGGUUUUGACUGUUAAAUAUUCGCAGCUCAGUAAAAUAUGUGACUUCAACAAAUAUACGAUACGUUGUAUCAAAGCUGUCAGUGAAAUAACUCCGAAGCAAGAUGUUGAAAUGGACAGCGACCAUUCGAGCGGGCGCGGUACUUUCUCCGACUCAGACUCUGAUUAAAAUAAAGCAUUUCAAU